CAGACUUUUUUAAAAAAAAUAAGCACUUUUUAUUCUAGGGGGUGGGGAAAAACCACGACCGCUGGGGGAAAAAAAAUCCCUUGUGUGUUCGUCAACAGCCAUCUUUCCAUGACAUGAAGUGAGCCUCUGUCUAAAUGGGUCCCGUCAUGCCUCCCAAUAAGAAGCCAGAAGGCUCUGGAAUUAGUGUUUCGAGUGGACUGAGCCAGUGUUACCCAGGAAACUCGUUAACUAAGGCGUUCCAGGAAGUUGAGGAACUGGACAUUACGAGCAGUUACUUGCCUGCCAUCCGUUUGGAAAAAGUAGCCAUGGAGGAUGAAGAGUUGACAAAUCUAAACUGGCUGCAUGAGAGCAAGAACCUGCUCAAAAGUUUUGGGGACACUGUGCUUCGUAGUGUUAGCCCAGUUCAGGAUAUUGACGAGGAUACCCCACCUUCCCCUGCUCAUUCUGACCAGCCAUACGAUGCCAAGCAGAACCCUAACUGUAAACCUCCUUAUUCUUUUAGCUGCCUCAUAUUUAUGGCAAUUGAAGACUCACCCAGCAAACGCCUGCCUGUUAAGGAUAUAUACAACUGGAUCCUAGAACAUUUCCCGUACUUUGCAAAUGCUCCAACUGGGUGGAAAAAUUCUGUUAGACACAAUUUGUCAUUGAAUAAAUGUUUCAAGAAAGUAGACAAGGACAGGAGUCAGAGUAUUGGGAAAGGAUCCUUAUGGUGUAUAGACCCAGAAUAUAGACAAAACCUCAUUCAGGCUUUGAAAAAGACACCCUACCAUCCGUACUCCCAUGUUUUUAAUACACCUCCCACUUCCCCACGAGGAUAUCAAAGCACAUCAAGUCCACCCCGUUGGCCAGGAAGUGCUUUCUUUAAGAAGAAUGGAGCACUCCAAGGAGCAUUUUGUUAGUGGAGAAAUGGUACAAUUGUAGCUAAGCCAGUAAUCAUUGGACUGUGAAGGAAAUCAG